AUGGUGGACCUAAGGAACAGAAGUACAGUGACAGAGUUUAUCCUCGAGGGCUUUGAGCAGACCUCCCAUUCUACUUAGGCAUUGCUCUUUGCCCACUUCCUAGUCCUCAACAGCCUUGCCAUGGCCAUAAAUAGCCUGAUCAUCUUCAUCACCUGGACAGACCCCAGACUUAACAGCCCCAUGUAUGCCUUCCUUGGCCACCCAUCCUUCCUGGGUCUCUGCUCCAUCACCACCACCAUCCCACAGGUGCUGAUCCACCUGGUGGUCAAGAACCACACUCUCUCCUUUGCCUCCUGCUUGACCCAGAUAGACCUGGGUUUUGGUGUGGGUGUGGCCAAGUGCAUCCUCUUGGCUUUUUUGGCCUAUUAUCAUUGUGUUGCCACCUGUAGCUAUGCCCAGAUCAUGAUCCAACAUCUGGUCUGUGUGAGGCUGGUGAGUAUUGCCUGGUUCCUUGGGCUGAUCAAUGGCAUCCUGCUUGAUUAUAUGACAUUUCAUGGUCCAUAUCUGAGAGAAAACUACAUAGAAAGCUUCUUCUGUGAGGCCCCCAUAGUGAUCGCCCUCUCCUGUGGAGACCCUCCAUUCACUCUGAGGGUGACCCUUGCUGAUGCCACUGUGGUGGUGCUCAUCCCCACGGUGCUCAUUGUCAUCUAUGCCUGCAUCCUGGCCUCCAUUAUCGACAGAGACUCCUACUCAGGUCCAGGGAGGACCUUCUCUACUUGUGCCCCCGUCUGACUGUGGUCGUCUUUUCCUACAUCUUGGCUGGGUUCUUACAUGAACCCCUGCAGCACACGUGGCAAUAAAAAAGACAAACCUUUCUCCUUCCUCUACACCAUCAUCACCCUGUGCAACCCCAUCAUAUACAGUUUUUGCAACAAGGAAAUGAAGAAGGCCAUACUGAAGGCUUUUGGGAGGACCAGCCCGGCCCAGGCAGAGUCUGGUUGGAAGACUCUGGGAGCGGAAGCUCCCUCCUCUGCCCUGGCAGUUGUAACUCUCCAAUGCUGA